AUGGCUCCCGCUCCUUCCGCUGCUGGUGUGCCCGCCACUGUUCCCGCCAAGGCCGUUAAGGGCGCCGCUGGUGCCGCCGCCAAGGCUGGUGCCGCCGCCGAGAAGAAGGAGGCUAGCGCCGAGACUGACGCUCUCCUCUCCGGCGACAAGGAUGCCGCUCAGGAGCUCACCAACCUCGUCAAAAUCGAAGGUCCCGCUGCUCUUGCCAACCUCGGCAUUGAGGCCGUCAUCCUCAAGGGCCUUGGCGACAAGAAGAACGCCACCGCUCGCGAGGGUGCCUGCACCCUCCUUGCCAACCUCUGCGAGCAGGGUGUUGGCCACGAGGUUGAGCCCUUCAUCUUUGAGAACGUGCUCAACUCGCUCGUUGAGGCUAUGGGUGACAAGGAGAAGGCGGUCCAGAAGGCUUCUCUCGAGACGCUGAAGGCUUUUGUCAGAGUCAUGUCCCCCUGGGCUGCCCAGCAGGUCCUCAAGGUUGUUCUCCACCAGGCCCGCACCGCCGGUAAGUGGCAGGUCAAGACGGGCUGUGUUGCCCUUCUCGAGGAGAUGGUCACCGCUUGCCCUGAACGCAUGGCUGCUCUCAUGCCCGAGAUCAUCCCUGUCAUGACUGAGGUCAUCUGGGACACCAAGACCGAUGUUCAGAAGGCUUCGCGCGCUGCUCUCACCAAGCUUUGCGCCCUCAUCUCGAACAAGGAUAUCGAGCGCUUCAUCCCCGCUCUCAUCAACUCGCUCAUCCACCCCGUUGAGGAGGUCCCCAAGACCAUCCAGCUCCUUUCCGCUACCACUUUCGUCCAGGAGGUCGACAGCGCCACCCUUGCCCUCAUGGUGCCUCUUCUCUCGCGUGGUCUUAACGAGCGCCCCACCGCCACCAAGCGUAAGGUUGCCGUCAUCAUUGACAACAUGACCAAGCUCGUCGACAACGAGCGCACCGUUCGUCCUUUCCUCGGCAAGCUCCUUCCCGGUUUGAUCAAGAUCGAGUCCACCCUCGCCGACCCCGAGGCCCGAUCUGUCGUUCAGCGUGCCAUCAAGACUCUCCGUGAGGUGGGCAAGGUUACCGGUGACGGCUCCGACGUCAAGCCUCUCGAGGAUGUUGAUAUUAAGGCCACCCAGGAGCAGGUCAACAAGGCUCUCGGUGAGCAGAGCCUCCAGGCUCAGGCUGACCUCUCGAGCUACCUCGCUGUCCUCGUUGCCAACCUUGCCAACGCGCGCAACUUUGAGCUCACCGAGUGGGAGUCCACCCUGAUCCCUUACAUCACCCUCAUCAAGGGCUCCAAGCCUGAGCAGGCCAAGGCCGUCGCCAAGUCGCUUCUUACCGCGCUCGCCAAGUCCACCGGUGACACGGUCGAGAUCUUUGAUGACGAGGAGGAGGGUGAAGACCUCUGCAACUGUCAGUUCUCGCUCGCCUACGGUGCCAAAAUUCUGCUCAACACUGCCACUCUCCGCCUCAAGCGUGGUCACAAGUACGGUCUCUGCGGUCGUAACGGUUCCGGAAAGUCUACCCUCAUGCGCGCCAUCACCAACGGCCAGGUCGAAGGCUUCCCUUCGCCCGAUGAGGUCCGAACCUGGUACGUGGAGCACGACUUGGACGGCUCUGAGGGUCUCAUGACUGUUCUCGAGUUUAUCCUUGCCGACGAGCGUCUCAGCAUGACCCGCGACGAGGCUGUCGCUACCCUCCACGAGGUCGGCUUCGACGAUGCCCGUCAGAACUCGCCCAUCGCCGGUCUCUCUGGUGGUUGGAAGAUGAAGGUCGCCCUUGCCCGUGCCAUCCUGUUCAAGGCCGACAUUUUGCUGCUCGAUGAGCCUACCAACCACUUGGACGUUGUCAACGUCAAGUGGAUCACUGACUACCUCGUCAACCUCAAGACUGCCACCGCCAUCAUUGUGUCGCACGACUCCAAGUUUUUGAACGACGUCUGCACCGACAUUCUCCACCUUAACCGCUUCAAGAUCAAGCGAUACCCGGGUAACCUCGACGCUUUCGUCAAGCGUGUUCCCGAGGCGCGCGCCUACGCCGAGCUCAACACCGGCGAGGACUACUCGUUCAAGCUGCCUGACCCUCCUCUGCUUGACGGUGUCAAGACCAAAGAAAAGUCGCUCAUCAAGAUGAAGGACGUUGUCUUCCAGUACCCUGGCACUCCCGCUCCUCAGCUCAGGGGUGUCAGCAUCCAGCUCUCGCUCGCCUCGCGUGUUGCCAUCCUCGGCCCCAACGGUUCGGGUAAGUCGACGCUGGUCAAGCUUAUCGUCGGUGACACCGAGCCCGGCUCUGGUGAGAUGUGGAAGCACCCCAAUCUGGUCAUUGGCUACGUUGCCCAGCACGCUUUCCACCACAUCGACCAGCACCUUGACAAGACUCCUCUCGACUACAUGCUCUGGCGUUACCAGACCGGUGAGGAUCUCGAGGAGCACAUGAAGGCGAACCGUGCCCUUACCGCCGAGGAGGAGGCCGCCAAGAAGCAGGGUGAGGUCUUCGUUAUCGAGGGCGUCAAGCGUCUGUUUGACGAGAUUGUGGGUCGUAAGAAGUUGAAGAACUCGUUCCAGUACGAGGUUUCGUUCAAGAACAUGUCGUCGGCCGACAACCAGUGGGUGCCGCGUGACGACCUUAUCAACCGUGGUCUCGAGCGUGCCGUGCUGGCGUUUGACUCGAAGGAGGCUCAGCGUCUCGGUAUGAACCGACCGCUUGUCCGCAAGGAGAUCGAGAACCACUUUGAGGACUUCGGUCUGGAGCGUGAGUUCACCUCGCACAACACUAUGCGUGGUCUUUCGGGUGGUCAGAAGGUCAAGGUCGUCCUUGCUGCCGCCACUUGGCGACGACCGCACAUUAUCAUUCUCGACGAACCCACCAACUUCUUGGACCGUGAGUCGCUGGCUGCGCUCAUCAAGGCGAUUGAGUCGUUCCAGGGUGGUGUUGGUAUCAUUACGCACUCCAAGGAGUUCUCCGAGGGUACCUGCAAGGAAAUCUGGGCUAUGAACGACGGUGUGCUCGUCGCUUCCGGUCACGACUGGACCGAGAGUAACUCGAAGGGUACCAAGCUCGAGAAGAAGGAAGAGGACGACGAGUACACGGACGCCAUGGGCAACGUGCACAAGAAAGAGAAGAAGGCCAAGAAGGAGAGCGCUUCGGAUCGCCGCAAGGCCAAGAAGGACAGGAUGGCACGUAAGAAGGCUGGCACCUACGACUCGGCUGAUGAGCUCGAGGACCUUUGA